GGUUUUUCAGAGUAUCGAAAAACCGAAGCGCCAACCGAUAAACACGAAAGGACGUGCAAGUGUGCUGUGAUUAAAAGGAAAGCUUUUGGAUCCGUUGUUUGCCUUCCGCUUGCCAGAAAAUGUUCGGAAACUUGUAAAACACCGCAGCUGGAAGGUGUGUUUGUUCUUUGCGCUUGUUGUUUAGUUUGAUUUUGGUUAAUACGGGCAUUUGUUCGCAAUGUCCAAGUACGAGAAGAAGGAACAAAAGACAAUCGCCGUUAGGACGGCACGUCUCAACGAUCUGAUUCUGGGUCGCUCCAAUGGUGACGCGCUAGUGUCCCAUGGAAAGGAAGCAGCUGACGCUAGCCUGCUUGAAGUUGCCCUCAGCCGGGAGGGUUUGCUGGAUUCGUUGCUGGUGCUUUACGACGAGUGUAGCAAGGAUGCGGUUAAGAAAAAGGACAAACAGAUCGCUGAUUUUGUCGCGAAAUAUCGUCCGAUUGUCCAAGAAACACGUGAAUGUCGCGUUAAUAUACAAGAUUUCGAUGUAAAAUGUCUCAUCGGCAAAGGAUACUUUGGCGAGGUCCAUCUUGUGACCGAGCGCCACACGAAACAGCUUUACGCGAUGAAAAAGAUGACGAAAGAGUCCAUCACCUCGACCCAAGUGCGGGCCGAACGGGACAUCAUGGCUACAAGGCGUUCGGAGUGGAUAACACCCUUGCAGUACGCUUUCCAGGACCAGCAAUGUUUGUAUUUGGUCAUGGAGUUCCUACCUGGGGGUGAUUUGUUGAGCCUAAUGAUACGCGUCGGUGUAUUUGACGAGGACUUGGCCCAGUUCUACCUGGCUGAAUUGACGACUGCGCUGCAUAGUUUGCAUUCGAUGGGUUACGUACAUCGGGACAUAAAACCGGAAAACAUUUUGCUUGAUCGUUUCGGACAUCUAAAGCUAGCAGACUUUGGAAAUGCGACCACUAUCAACGACGAUGGCAGUGUAACGAGCCCAAUGCCGGUCGGAACACCGGAUUAUAUAGCACCGGAAGUAUUGCAAACACUGUCGACCGUUGGCCGUGCGACAAGCAGUGCCAAACACGACGUGACAUGUGACUUUUGGUCGAUGGGCAUCAUCGGGUACGAGUUCAUAACGGAACAAACACCGUUCCAUGGGGAUAAUGUGAACGAAACGUACUCGAAGAUACUGGAAUACUGUGAAAAGCGUGUCACGAAGAAACUUACCUAUCCGGCGCACGUUUCCAUCUCCACCAACUAUCGCGAUCUUCUCGAUCGGCUAGUAACGAACGUGUCCAACCGUAUUUCAUACCCGGAAAUAAUACGACAUCCAUUCUUCGGGGAUUUGAAUUGGGACCGGCUGCGGUACAUGAUUCCUCCAAUUAUUCCGACCGUGGCAAGCGAUGACGAUACGUCAAACUUUGACGAUGUGGAUAAAACUGGCAAGCGUAAAGCUUUGCUCGGCCGCAAGCCUACGUACAACAUUGCCCGCAUGAAUGAUUUUUCUGGCCAUGAUCUUCCCUUCCUGGGCUAUAGCUACGUGCACGAGGAGCUGGAUGCGGCCGGUAUGUACCGUGAUACGGACGAACACAUGAAGGCGGCCAGACUAGCGGCAAAGGUGAAGGAACAGGAACGUCGGCUGAAGGAACACAGUGGCGAAAUUCAUCGCCUGCAGAAGGAUGUACUCGAGCGCGAUCGUAAGAUUGUCACCAUGACGGCACACAGCAAGAUACUGCAGGAAACGAAGAAAGAGCUCGAACGUAUGAAAGAGUUGCUAAAGGAGAAAACGGCCGAACUGGCAGCCACACGUACCGAGAACAAAACGCUCCGCAAUAGUUUGAAAAUCGAAAAGGAGGAACGUUCGAAAAACGAUGCAACGAUCGCCGAUGUGGUGAAGCAGACGUACAAGAAGUGGGAAAAAUCGAAGCAAGCGUCCGACCAAGCUUACGAACGACAGUUGGCCGAAAAGAAGACGGAACUUGCAAUAGCAAAUGAGAAAUUGCGCGAAGUUUCUUCUGAGCUGAUGGGCCGACUGGAUGAAUGUCAGCAUCUUCAGGCUUCGAUUGAAAAUUACAAGGAUUUGCUCAAAAAAUCUAAGGACAAGCUAAUGACUGACAAGGAGAAUUUGGAUCGUAGCCAGCAAGAGUUGAUCGCCACUUACGAUGCUAAAAUUGCCGAGCUGCGCGCUAAGUGGAAGGUGGAGAAAGAGCAACGUGCCAGUUUGGAGAUGGAAGUACGCGAACUGCGUGACAAGCUGCAAGAGGAAGAAUCAACCGUAAAGUUUGUGGCGGAAAGGGAGCAAAAGCUGGUCGACAACAUUAAGCGCCGCAUGACGAUGCAGCUGGAAGAAAACAAUAUGCUACGCGAGGCGAAACAAUUUUCCGAGAAGAUGAGUGAAGAAAUGCAGAAGAAGAAUGAUCAUUUGCGGAACGAGAUUUGCAAGCUGCAGGAGGAAAAGAACACGACGGUAACGAUCAGCAGCGUGGAGAGCAGCCGCCGUAGCUCGCUGAUCUUUGAGCAGGAGUUCCGAAGUGCCAACUCUAGCCUGCAGGAUAUGACGACGGUCAUUUCGGGACCGAGCACUGAGAUACAGCUGCGUAAUGAUUUGAUUCGGGCGAGGGAGGGCGAAAAUGAGCAACGUAAACGAGCCGAACAUUUAGAGGAAGUGGUCGGCCGGCUGGAGAAGGUGAUCGCUCAGCUAAAGGAAAGUGGAACCGGAUCGUCCGGUGCAGAAACGUUGCUCGAGAAGCAAAAGGAGUGCUUGGAAGAUAAGCUGUCCGCAAUCCGAGAGCAGGCCAUAUUGGACAAACAGUCAGCACGCAGCGCCAACCUUUCGCUGUGGAAGCUGGAGAAGGAACUGGAAGGAUUGCGCGGGGAGCGGAGCAUUCUCACCCGUCGCAUCGAACAGGCCGACGAUCGCGUCACGCGCAUUCGGCACGAGAAGGAAGAGCUGGAGUUUAAAAUGAAGCAGCAGCAGGAAACGAUCGCCAACAAGGACAAGCAGAUCGAGGAUCUGCGUGCGGACAUGUCGGUGCUGAAGGGUGAGCUUAAGCAGGAGCGCGAACUAUGGAGCACUUCGGAGAAGGAUCGUUUGGCGGAGAAAACGGAGCUGAUCGAAUGUCUCGCCAAGAUUCAGAUAAUGGAGGAAAAGCUUAAAGAAAGCCAGCAAAAACAGCAGCAAUUGAACGAUCGUGCAAAAUUGUUGACGGUGGAAAAUGGACGGUUGGCUAAGGAACUGCGCGAAGCUCAGGAUGAGCUGGCGGAUGCAACGGAAUCGAGCGAAAGCCUUGAGCAACGGUUGGCUGCCGUUACGAAGAACUUCAACAUGCUCAAGGGAGCGUGUAGCAUCACCGAGACACAGCUCACCGAAAUGGAGUUGCUGCUCGAGAAGGAAUCAAAACGCAACAAGGAAUGCGGUGAGCAGAUGGAAGCUCUUCGCAAGCGUCUCACCGAGAAGGACAAAGAGAUCGAGCAUGUUCGGCACGAGCUGCAGGAGGAACGGUCCGGUAAAACGUUGAGCGAAUCGCGAACCAAUCAUCUGCUGGCCGAGUACGAGGAGCUACGUAAGAAGUUUGAGGAACUGCAGCGACAGAUGGUCGAACAGCAGCAGGAACUGAUCGAGAAGACGAGCCAUCUGUUUGAGGUGCAGGAGCGGAUCGAGUUGCUGAAUCACGAUGCCGAAAACUUGCAGAAGGUGGUCGCUAACUACGAACAAGAGCACUACAUCCUGAAGGAGGAAAAUGCGCGCAUUCUGACCGAUCUAUUCCUCGCCAAGGAGCACAUUACGAAACAAACGAACGAGAUGGGCGAACAGGCGGAUGUAAUCGAACAGCUGACAGCGGAACUGGAGCACGUGAAGCGCGUGCUGCAGGAACAGAAAACGUUCUACACCGAGCGGGACAUCAAGAGUGAAGCGACGCUGGCCCAACACAAGAAGCUGAUCGAUUAUCUGCAGGCAAAGGUGGAAGAGUGUAAUGCACACAGGAAAAAGAAAACGUUGGCCGGUCUAAUCUUCGGCACCGCGUCGUCUUCGUCGUGCGAAAGGAAGGAAAACAUUGUGCCUAACGGGGCGGGUGCGAACAAUAUGCCGGUGGAAUCAACCACAAGCUACCGGAAGCUGCAGGACGAACUUCAAAAGGAACGCACUCGAACCAACCAGCUGAAGGAGCAAUUGCUGCGAGCGAAAACGGACCUCAUUGCGGCGGCAAAGUGCAACACCCUGCAGAAGAAACAACAGAAGGAUGAUGAUAACCUUGAAAUGGAGCGAACCUGUCGCAACGAAGGUGUCCGGACGUCCACGACGACGGUUGAUCGUACGAAGAAGGAAUCGCAGGGAACGGACCAGAAAGCCAACCUCCGUAGCGCUUCUGCAGCAGCGGAGAAGCCACGUAUCACAUCCGGAAAUGCGCAUACGUUUGAAAUGACCGUUGAAAGUUCAUCAGCCGCCUCGAAACAUCCGGCUAUACUGUGUGCGGUGUGCGAUCGUCACAUCCUUGCCGGACAUCCGUACUAUAAGUGUACGGAUUGUAGCUUUACUGUGCACCGGAAGUGUCGUUCCCUGGUGACGGGUGCAUGUGGCGUCGGUGAUCAGCGCAAGAGCGGUUGUAUUGAGGCUGGUAAAGCGAAUGAAUCGUUGGACGAUUUUGCGGAGGAGCUCGGAGGGGGUGGAGAUGAAGAGACCGAUGUGGAGUCUGUUGCUGGACACGCGGGACGCAAAAGUCCUGCGUUUUCGAUGACUAGUGCCGAAGAGAAGGCGGAGGAAGAUCAUUAUGUGGGUGAUUUGUUGUUCAAAACGAAGCGUCUCGAGCCGAAGCUGUACGUGAACGAUGUCUACGAAGUCAGCGAAAAAGCGGUUCUUUUAGGUUGCGAUACUGGACUAUAUUCCUACCACAUGGAUACGGGAGAGAUCGUCCACAUCCGGGGAAUUUCGAACGUGCGUUCGUUUGCCGUAUCGCAUGCAAUUCCGAAAGCGAUAUUGAUCGGUUCCGAGGGCGAAUAUCUGUACCAGUGUGAUCUGCGCCAUUUGCAAAGUCGUGCCCACGCGUCGGCUUCUCUGCAGCCGAAGCUAGAAUCGUUCGUCCUUGAUCUAUCGAUCGCAAACCGUACGCACAGCGAACCCUGGCAUAUAGUACGAAUGAUGGAAGACAUUCCAGCCGGUGGUAAACUGUCGGAUGCAAUCGCUAUCGCCGCCACCUCGUCACGGAUCGUAAUUCUAAAGUUCGAUGGCCAAGCGGGUCGAUUCAAGCCUGUCCGUGGACUCGACACCAUACUGCCGGUGUCGACGGUACUGUUCACCAAGGACACAGCCAUCGUCGGGUCGGACAAAUUCUUCGAGAUCGACCUCCGAACGUACGCAGCCGAAGAGUUCCUGGACAUGUCGGACAAAACGUUGAGCGACCUGCGAAACUGCGCCCCGCUUGCCGCGUUCCGCAUCAACAGCCAAGAGUAUUUGCUGUGCUAUAGGGAGGUUGGCAUUUUCGUCGACGAUUCCGGUUGGCGAUCGCGUCCGGACAAUUUGAACUGGCUGCAGGAUCCGGUCGAGUUUCACUACCGUGAAUCAUGCCUGUUCGUUGCCCAUGCCGACUGUGUGCAGGUAAUGUACAUUAGUAAGUCCUACACAAAAGAGUUGGCCUGUCGACAGGAUCAUGCCGAGGAUGAGCGACGAGCGUUCAUUAGCUUGCGGGAAUCGCCGCGCCUGCUGGCACCGCUACAGUUCGCACGGACCUCAAUCUACGUGGCAUGCGAGUGUGGCCCGGAACGGGAGCAAGAGAUUGUACUGCUCGAUGGACUUAAAGCACUGCGGACGGUGGGUUUCAGUCGAUCGCUUGAGACACUUUCCAGCUUAGCGACGGGAGUAGGGCAAAGUCAAAAUUCUUUGUCGACCCUCGGCCAAGGCGUAUAA